CGCGGGCGCGCGGGCUACUGCUUCUGCGCUUCUGCUUCGGAGCGCACGUGUGUUUCGUGUGAUAGCGGUAGCCGGCUGCCAGUAAGCGAUCAUUCUGUUAGUCAACUUUUCCCAAAGCUACGCGGACAGCGCAUAAGCGCUGCAGUCACGCGAUAAUUUCCUGAGAAAUUCUGUGCGUUCUUCGUUGUGCACUUGUAAACGGGCAUUAUGCCUGGGCAAAAACAAAUAUCGGCGUUCUUCAAGCCUCUAGCAACAUCAUCGCCCAAGCGUCUGCUUUCCUCCGAAAACUCCGUAUGCCACGAGCAACCAAUGAAAAAACCAAAGUCCGAGGGCAGUCCUGAGAACAAUGCAUUUUCCCCUGCCAUUGAUAUAGAAAAGAAGCGACUGAUCGCCAAAGUCAAGCUCCAGUCUCGCGCCACUCCUAUUGUUCCUCCUGACAUAGGUUUGUCGUGGUUUGGCGCCCUCGAGCAAGAGUUUUCGAAAGAAUAUUUUCUUAAGCUUAACAGUUUUGUGCAAGAAGAGCGAAGAAGAUAUACUGUGUAUCCUCCACAUGAAGAUGUCUUCAGCUGGACAAAGUCUUGUGAAGUGAACAAGGUUAAAGUUGUCAUCCUUGGACAAGACCCUUACCAUAACCCAGGCCAAGCUCAUGGCCUGGCUUUCAGCGUCCCCAAAGGAGUUGCCAUUCCUAUGAGCCUUCUGAACAUGUACAAGGAGCUAGCAAACGAUAUUCCUGGCUUUCAGCAGCCUUCUCAUGGCAACUUGACUGGAUGGGCGCAGCAAGGUGUGCUGCUGCUCAAUGCAUGCUUGACGGUGCGUAUGAACACACCUAACUCGCACAAGGAUCGAGGCUGGGAAAACCUCACUGAUGCUGUCAUUCGUCACCUCAACAAGCAGUGCAGCAACCUUGUUUUCUUACUCUGGGGUGCCUACGCUCAGAAGAAAGGUUCCAUCAUUGAUCGGAAGAAACACCAGGUUCUUCAGUGUGCUCACCCAUCACCACUGUCAGCUUCACGAGGCUUUUUUGGCUGCCGCCACUUUUCUAAGGCCAAUGAAUACCUGACAAAGCAUCGCAAGCAACCAAUAGACUGGAGCCGUUUGCCUUGACUUGUGCAAAGUUAUUUUUGUUGUGAAAGAACUCGGGAAUUGCGAUUUCAUGUCUGUGAUACAAGCAUUUAAUCAUCUUUUUGUUUAUAAUUGUCCAGUGCAAGAAACUGCCAUUCACAAUUCGGAGCUUGUUUACAUGUGUGCUAUUACUCACAGUCUCCAAAUUCAUCUCGAAAAUGUUAUUUUCAGUGUGUGAAGUGCCAAAGAGAAGUACUUGUGCAUUAUUUCCACAUGCAUGGACAGCACUUGUGCAUGUCAGUGUUUUUAAAAUGUGCCCUAUACAAAAGUGCCAUUUUACUGGCAUUUUGUUUUUAAAAUUCUUGUCCUUACAAGCCUGCACAGGCACCCCAUAACACAUCUCUUCAUUAUUUCACACAUUUUAGUGCCAUGUCUCAGAAUGCAGCUUGAAUAGUAGCAUUUCUUUUUAUCAACCGUGCGUAGCUGUAUGUUCUUGCUGCGAAAAUUUAUUCACAAUAAAAGCUUCAAAUUGUGACCGUUGA